ACAACAUCGGUCUCUAGCAUAUGCUAAAAUAAACAGAUGUCAGACAUGGAGGCAGAGAAGAGCAUUGGCGAGAUGGCCGAGAAAGAAGAGCAGGUGCACCAUAACCAUCGACGAGGAGGCAUCCGAACAUUGCCCUUCAUCCUUGCAAAUGAAUUGUGCGAUAGAUUUGCGAGUGCUGGUUUUCAUGCGAACAUGAUAAGCUACCUUACUCAACAGCUGAACAUGUCAUUGGUAUCUGCCUCGAUCACGAUCACCAACUUUAAUGGAACUUCUAACUUCACUCCUCUAAUUGGUGCUUUCAUUGCUGACUCCUUUGCUGGCCGAUUUUGGACCAUUGUUGUCGCUUCUUUCAUCUAUGAACUGGGAUUGGUUGUUAUAACUGUAUCAGCUAUACUGCCCCAUCUGCACCCCCCAUCAUGUCCAACACAAGUGAACUGUAUAGAAGCCUCAUCCUCCCAGCUGUGCAUACUCUACAUCUCCCUCUUACUCAUAUCACUUGGCACAGGUGGCAUUAGACCUUGUGUUGUGCCCUUUUCAGCAGACCAAUUUGAUAUGACAAAAAAAGGGGUGGCAUCAAGGAAGUGGAACCUCUUCAAUUGGUAUUUUUUCUGCAUGGGAUUGGCUUCUCUAAGUGCUUUGACCAUUGUAGUUUACAUUCAAGACAACAUGGGCUGGGGUUGGGGCCUUGGAAUUCCAACAAUUGCCAUGCUGUUAUCUAUAAUUGCCUUUGUGUUGGGCUCACCACUCUAUAAGACUGUGAAACCACAUGGUAGUCCUUUGGUUCGUUUGGCACAAGUAGUUGUGGCUGCUGUAAAGAAGAGGAAGGAGGCUUUGCCAGAUGAUGACAAGCUUUUGUACCAAAAUUGGGAGAUAGAUGCUCCUAUUUCUCUGGAAGGAAGACUUUUACACUCACAUCAAUUCAAAUGUUUGGACAAGGCUGCAAUUGUGACAGAUGAAGAGGUCAGAAAUCCAAAUGCACCACCAAACUUAUGGAAAGUAGCCACCGUCCACAGAGUUGAGGAACUAAAAUCCAUCAUGAGAAUGCUUCCAAUUUGGGCUUCAGGAAUUUUACUGAUAACCGCUUCAUCAAAUCAGCAUAGUUUCGUGAUUCAACAGGCUCGCACAAUGGACAGACACAUCUCUCACUCGCUCCAAAUCCCCCCAGCCAGCAUGGCCAUUUUCAACGUCCUAACAAUGAUGAUAGGCGUUGUUCUCUACGAACGCCUCUUUGUUCCCUUGGCUCGUAGAUUCACAGGGAACCCUUCUGGCAUCACGUGCCUACAGAGAAUGGGAGUAGGGUUUGUGGUGAACAUUUUAGCCACACUAGUCUCAGCAUUGGUGGAAAUGAAAAGAAAAUCAGUUGCUGCCAAGUACCACUUAUUGGACAAUCCAAGUGCCACUAUUCCUAUAAGUGUGUUCUGGUUGGUGCCUCAGUAUUGUCUUCAUGGGGUGGCUGAGGUUUUCAUGGUUGUGGGGCAUUUGGAGUUUCUCUAUGAUCAGUCACCUGAGAGCAUGAGAAGCACUGCUACAGCUUUAUACUGCAUAACUACUGCUAUUGGGAACUAUGUUGGUACACUCUUAGUGUCACUUGUGCAUAAGUAUUCUGUCAAGGAAAGGAACUGGUUGCCUGAUAGGAACCUCAAUAGGGGUAGAUUGGAGUGCUAUUAUUUUCUUCUUAGUGGGAUUCAAGUUCUCAAUCUCAUUUAUUAUUUAGUAUGUGCUUGGUUUUACACUUACAAGCCACUGGAGGAAAUUAGUGAAAGGAACAAGGAAGAAGAUUAUGAAAUAUCUCACAUGUCAAUUUGUUAGAGGGUAGGGAGGGAGAAGAUAGAGAAUUCACAAAGAAUGGAUGAAUCAAUUCAUGAAAUCUGAUAUUGUUGGAUUCCUCAUUGAAGUAAGCACAUGCCAUGGCAUGGAGUGAUUUCAUUUCCUUCAAAUAUUGAAGAAUCGUUAAAUAUCUCUCUUGAUCCCCACUUACCCCAAUUAUUUUAGUUUCCUUUAGUGUAUGUUUUACAUAUAUAAGGUUAAAAAUUUCUUAUGACUAUAACUAAAUUUGGAGUGAUGGUAAGAACUAAAUAAAAAUUACGUAAGUGUAUGCUUAAAACCAAAGAAACACAUGUUAUA